GCGGCGGGCAUCCUCGGGGCUGCCAGCUGGGCAGGCGUGGGCGCGCCGGAGUGCGGCUGGCCCGGAGCCCCCGGGUAGGUCGGGGCGUGGGCCAGUUGAGGGAAGUUCUCCAUGAAUGUACGUCACAAUGAUGAUGACCGACCAAGUCCCUCUGGAGCUGCCCCCAUUGUUAAACGGCGAGGUAGCCAUGAUGCCUCACAUGGUGAAUGGAGAUGCAGCUCAGCAGGUUAUUCUUGUUCAAGUUAAUCCAGGUGAGACUUUUACAAUAAGAGCAGAGGAUGGAACACUUCAGUGCAUUCAAGGACCUGCUGAAGUUCCCAUGAUGUCGCCGAAUGGAUCCAUUCCUCCCAUCCACGUGCCUCCAGGUUAUAUCUCGCAGGUGAUUGAAGACAAUACUGGUGUUCGCCGGGUGGUGGUGACACCCCAGUCUCCUGAAUGCUACCCCCCAAGCUACCCCUCAGCCAUGUCUCCAACCCAUCACCUGCCCCCCUACCUGACGCAUCACCCUCAUUUUAUUCAUAAUUCACACACGGCGUACUACCCACCUGUUACUGGACCUGGAGAUAUGCCGCCUCAGUUUUUUCCACAGCAUCAUCUUCCCCCUACAAUAUAUGGCGAACAAGAAAUCAUACCACUCUACGGGAUGUCGAGCUACAUCACCCGAGAAGACCAGUACAGCAAGCCUCCUCACAAGAAACUGAAAGACCGCCAGAUCGACCGCCAGAACCGCCUCAACAGCCCCCCUUCAUCCCUUUACAAGAGCAGCUGCACGCCAGCAUACAACGGCUAUGUCAAGGGCCACGGAGGAGGAGGAGGCGGCGGUGGUGGGCCGGGGAUCAAGAAAGCUGAGCGGCGGGCCCGAAGCAGCCCCAAGUCAAACGAGUCCGACUUGCAAGAGUAUGAGUUGGAAGUAAAGAGAGUGCAAGACAUUCUUUCGGGAAUAGAGAAACCACAGGUUUCGAAUAUCCAGGCGAGAACUGUCGUGCUGUCCUGGGCGCCCCCUGUUGGACUCUCCUGUGGCCCCCACAGUGGCCUUUCCUUCCCCUACAGUUACGAGGUUGCCUUAUCCGACAAAGGACGCGAUGGAAAGUACAAGAUCAUCUACAGUGGAGAAGAAUUAGAAUGUAACCUGAAAGAUCUUCGACCAGCAACUGAUUACCAUGUCAGGGUGUACGCCAUGUACAAUUCUGUGAAGGGCUCCUGCUCCGAGCCAGUCAGCUUCACCACGCACAGCUGCGCUCCCGAGUGUCCCUUCCCGCCUAAGCUGGCCCAUCGGAGCAAGAGCUCGCUAACCUUGCAAUGGAAAGCACCAAAUGACAAUGGUUCAAAAAUCACCAACUACCUUUUAGAGUGGGAUGAGGGGAAAAGAAACAGCGGUUUCAGACAGUGCUUCUUUGGGAGUCAGAAGCAUUGCAAGUUGACCAAGCUGUGUCCAGCAAUGGGGUACACGUUCAGGCUGGCUGCUCGCAAUGACAUUGGCACCAGCGGAUAUAGCCAGGAGGUGGUGUGCUACACCCUAGGGAACAUUCCUCAGAUGCCCUCAGCGCCACGGCUGGUUCGAGCUGGAGUCACCUGGGUCACGCUGCAGUGGAAUAAGCCGGAAGGGUGCGCGCCCGAGGAAGCCAUGACCUACACGCUGGAAAUCCAGGAGGACGAACAUGAUAACCUUUUCCACCCAAAAUACACUGGAGAGGAUUUAACCUGUACUGUGAAAAGUCUCAAAAGAAGCACACAGUAUAAAUUCAGGCUGACUGCUUCGAACACGGAAGGGAAAAGCUGUCCAAGUGAAGUUUUGGUUUGUACAACAAGUCCCGACAGGCCGGGCCCUCCAGCGAGACCCCUUGUUAAAGGACCAGUCACAUCUCAUGGCUUUAGUGUCAAAUGGGAUCCUCCAAAAGACAAUGGUGGUUCAGAAAUUCUCAAAUACUUGCUGGAGAUUACUGAUGGAAAUUCUGAAGCAGGCCAAUGGGAAGUGGCAUACAGCGGAUCGGCGACGGAAUAUACCUUCACCCACUUGAAACCAGGCACUUUGUACAAACUCCGAGCAUGCUGCAUCAGCACUGGCGGACACAGUCAGUGCUCUGAGAGUGUCCCUGUCCGCACACUAAGCAUUGCACCAGGUCAGUGUCGGCCGCCGAGGGUUUUGGGUAGACCAAAGCACAAAGAAGUCCACUUAGAGUGGGAUGUUCCUGCCUCCAAAAGUGGCUGUGAGGUUUCAGAGUACAGUGUGGAAAUGACGGAACCAGAAGAUGUGGCUUCUGAGGUGUACCACGGGCCCGAGCUCGAGUGCACGGUUGGCAACCUGCUUCCGGGUACCACGUAUCGCUUCAGGGUGAGGGCCCUGAAUGAUGGAGGGUAUGGGCCUUAUUCUGAUGUCUCAGAAAUUACCACUGCUGCAGGGCCUCCAGGACAGUGUAAAACACCUUGUAUUUCUUUUACACCUGAUGGUUGUGUCCUAGUGAGUUGGGAGAGUCCCGAAUGCUCGGGUGCGGACAUCUCGGAGUACAGGUUGGAGUGGGGAGAAGAUACCGAAUCCUUAGAACUCAUUUAUCAUGGGACAGACACCGGCUUUGAGAUAAAGGAUCUGUUGCCUGCUGCACAAUACUGCUGUAGACUACAGGCUGUCAAUCAAGCUGGAGCAGGCCCGUACAGUGAACUCGUUCUUUGCCAGACACCAGCAUCUGCCCCUGACCCCGUCUCCACGCUCUGCGUCCUGGAGGAGGAGACCUUCAGCACCCGCCCUGAUUCACCUUCUGUGUGCCUUGUACUGAACUGGGAAGAGCCGUGCAAUAAUGGAUCUGAAAUUCUUGCUUACACUAUUGAUCUUGGAGACACUAGCAUCACCGUGGGCAACACGACCACUUACAUUAUGAAUGACCUUCUUCCAGAAACCACCUACCGGAUCAGAAUCCAGGCCAUAAAUGAAAUUGGAGCUGGACCGUUUAGUCAGUUCAUUAAAGCAAAAACUCGGCCGUUACCGCCCUUGCCUCCUAGACUCGAAUGUGCUGCCGCCGGGCCUCAGAGCCUGAAGUUGAGGUGGGGCGACGGCAACUCCAAGACACACGCUCUAGACGACGUGGUGUACACGCUCCAGCUGGAGGACAGGAACAAAAGGUUUAUUUCCAUCUACAGAGGCCCCAGCCACACCUACAAGGUGCAGAGACUCACGGAAUCCACGUGCUACUCCUUCCGGAUCCAGGCAGCCAGCGAGGCAGGGGAGGGACCCUGUUCCGAAACCUACACCUUCAACACCACCAAGAGCAUCCCCCCCACCCUGAAAGCACCUCGAGUAACCCAGUUAGAAGGAAAUUCAUGUGAAAUUUUAUGGGAGACGGUACCACCAAUGAGAGGAGACCCUGUCAGUUACAUUCUGCAGGUGUUGGUUGGAAGAGAAUCGGAGUACAAGCAGGUGUAUAAGGGAGAAGAAGCCACAUUCCACAUCUCAGGCCUCCAGUCCAACACCGACUACAGGUUCCGCGUGUGCGCGUGCCGACGCUGCUUAGACACCUCUCAGGAGCUCAGCGGAGCCUUCAGCCCCUCUGCGGCGUUCGUGUUACAGCGGAGUGAGGUCAUGCUUCCAGGGGACAUGGGGAGCUUAGACGAUCCCAAAAUGAAGAGCAUGAUGCCGACUGAUGAACAGUUUGCCGCCCUCAUUGUGGUUGGCUUCGCAACUCUGUCUAUUUUGUUUGCCUUUAUAUUACAGUACUUCUUAAUGAAGUAAACCAACCCGACAAAACUAGAGGUAUGAAUUUAAUUAAUGCUACACAUUUUAAUACACACAUGUAUUCAGCUAGUCCCCCUUUUUAAGCCCUUUUGUUCUUUAUCUUCUCCUCAUUUUACAGAUUUAGCUAGGAAAAAAACAACUAUCAGUGUUUUGGUGCACCUUUUUGAAAUGCAAAACUAGGAAGAGAUUAAACUGGAUUUUUUUUUUCAGGAAAAUUUAAAAAAGAAGAAAAGUAAACCAGAUACCAAAAUGCUAGCUUUUUUUUUUUUAUUAUUACAUUUUCUUUAAAUUUUUCAGAUAGGCCUUUAUUCUGUUUUCACUGAUGUCUUGUGCAAACUUUUGAUAUUUUUUUCUUCCAUGCUGCAGUUUAGUAAUUUAUAUUCACCAGUCACUGCUUAUGUCUUGGUCAUCUGUAACUGUGAACACGAAUCACAGUGUGAAUAGUGACAGGGCUAGGAACUCAGUAUUGUCAGAGUGUCACCACACGGCAACCGCCACAGCGCCAGCAGAUAAGAGAUGCGUUCACUCAGAUAAGGCUGCCCUAAACCACCCUCUUGUCUCUCCGUUAUUUAACUGUGUUUAGCUCAUCUAAAUCAAAAUGUGUCCUUUAACCUAAAAUGUUUUAAUGAUCUGUAUUCCUUAUGAUUUUAACACUAAGAGCUGCCUAUCUCUCAGAAAUCAAGUAACCAAAACGCACCUAUAAAAUCAUGGAGCAUUAUAGAUUUUUUUCCUGUUGAUUCAUAGCAGUAAUUUUAAGAGGGCAUUGUGCAAUAGUUAGUUGUUUCCUUGUUCAGCUAUUUUAAAAGCUGCUUUAACGUGUUCGUGUGUCUUUGUAUAUAACUACUCCUAAUCUAAUCACUAGAGUUAUUAUAUAUUCUGUUGUGUUUGACCAGAAUUAUAUGACGAGAACUGGUGCCAGUUUAGUGCCUCUGCCCAUCUCCACGGUGCACGCUAGUUGCGAGCAGUCUUCUCGAUGUUAGCUCAUCCUCUUGGGAAGUUUUGUGUUUAGGCUGUUCUUUGAGGUAUCCACGAAGUGAUGGAGUUGCAGGACCUUCAUUCAAUGCACACGUUGCUAGCCUGACAGCAGAUGAAAACUGAUCAAAGCCAAGAGAGUCAUCUAAAGUUGUAGUUCUCUGUCUGUGGGGUUGCCCUGACCUCGUGUGACGCAGAAAUGGUUUUUUGGUGAUAAGCACAGGGUGUGUGAGGGUCAAGGAGCCUCGAUUCUCUCGCUGGAUCUGUCACUAACUUGCUGCGUGAUCUGAACAUGUUACUUUACCUCUCUGUGCCUCAGUUUUCCCAUGCAUUAAAAAAUAAAAAUAAAAUGAAAUAAAAUGGGGAUUCUAAUGUUUGUAAGUGCUUUGAGAUCCUUGAUCAACAGGUGCUAUUGGAGUGCAAAGUGUUACUCUUGCAUGUUUGAGUCAUGAGAUAAUCAAUUUUAACCCAAAGUCAUUGGAUUAUUUAUAUGAAGUCCAUAAUGUUCGAGUACCUCAGGGACAUUUAAGAGUUGGAGGUGCAAAUAUAUUCCAAAAGGGUGCAACAGACACAGUGUAUCCCCCUGCUUCUGUUUUUGUAUAUUUUUGCGACUUGGUUUUUCUUGAUCAUAGCUUUUUUGUUCUUGGUCUAUGUUGUCUAAGAUUCAGUAUCCUGUACUAGCUUAUAAUAUUCCCAUACCAAAGUCAUGGGGAAACCAACAUUAUUUUGUUUUUGGUUUAUUUAUACUAUAUUCUGCAUACAGUACUUUAAAUGCCAAUUACAGUGCAAUCUUUAUUUAUUGUAAAAUUUUUUAAAUGUACUUAUGUACUAAUUUUCCCUUGUAGCAUGUUAUUUUUGUGUGAGUGUUUUAUACUUUUUUGUAAUUUUAGGUCAGUCUUGUUCCUUGGCAACAUCUGUAGUAUUACCAAUCUUCUGACAUUUUCUUGUGUUUAUAAAGAUAUACGCAUCUAGUGCAUUAAAUGCCAAAAAAAAUUUUCAUUAUCAGUGAUUGAGACGUUUACAUAUACCCAAAAAAAUCAUAAUCAUCUCUUGAAAGAAAAUACUAAGAUCAAUGAAUUAUUCUGUGUGCCUAUAUCAAUGUAGUCAGUACUAGAGAAUUGUUCUGUAUUUUGUUAUUGAGUAUAAUUAAUUAGGUUAAGUAGCCUCACAAACUGAUGUCAUCAAAGUAAAUCUAUUUUUGCCAAAGUUCUGGCCUUCCAAAACUUACCCCCUCUAUUUAAAGGUGUUACGACCCACUGAACCAUUGCAGCUGCAUUUUCUGAAACAAUUUCAUGCAGGAAAAGAGAUUUUUUUUUUUUUAGCGAUGAAAAUUCCACUAAGAACAAGGGGUCGAAAAACUCCUUUUUUAAAAAAACACUUUAGUACUGCUCCCGUCGAGAACUUCUUAGCGUUGGUCAGAAUUUUUCAGUGAAGUAAUACUUUCUACAGUCCAAAAUUUCUCUGGAUAUGUUAUCUAGUCAAUAUCUUCCUCGUCUCUGUUUAGCCACCAGAAAACGAAGUGUGUGGAACACUAUCUGCCGGCACUUUAUUUUAUUGCUCUCUGUUAUUUGGUCUUCAUUAUUAUCCCUUCAGUCCAAACAUUGUUACUCCGUCUGGCACUGUUUUCUAUCACAAGUAUGUAUAUGUGAUAUCUAUAUAUAUAUAACUCUCUCUAUAUAUUGCCAUUACACAUGAACAGUAAAAUAAAGUGUUAUGUUAACCCUCUCUCUUUGCCCUUCCGCAUUACGUAGGAAUGAGUGGCUUUCUGAUGUCAAACUCAUCCCUGGCACAAGAAACUCCAGUCAUGUGAAACAAACAGCCCUUUUUCCUCAAAGACAUUGUAUCGAAAGAGAACUUUUUUAAAAAGAUUUUUUCAUAGUACCUGCCUUGUUCUUAUCAACUUGAAAUGUUGGCAUUUUCUAACCUUGUUUUGUUGGCUACAGUAAUUCAGUAUUCAUGUCAAAAUUGAAAAGUGCCCUAAUUGAAUGUGUUUGAAUGUUAUCCUUGCACAAUUCUUUAAAUUGAAAGACAAAAAUGUUUUACCUCACUGUUGCUGAACAUACAUUCCAAGCUUUUCAACUUUAGGAGAAAAAAAAAAUUCAUACGUUUUCCUGUAUUGUAAAUUUUAGACUAUUUCAUAUACAUUGUAUUAAAACUGCCAUAUCAAUUUUAAUGUAUAGAUUUUGCAAAUACUAUGCUCUAUGUAAUACCUAACUGUAUCUGUAGUGUAUAUGUAAUAUAUUUAUGCCCAAUAAAUGUUUUAAUUCUUUCUGA